AUGGAAGCUAUUCUUGGGUUUCAAGAAGUCGAUGAAAUAGUGAAGAAAGGACUCCAAGAACCUUUGAAAGGUGACUCAGAAGAAGUGAAAAGGUUGUAUAAAGAAAACAUAAGGCUUGACUGCAAGGCAAGGAUGUUAUUGCAUCAAUGCAUUUCUGCCUCAAUCUUUCAAAAGGUAUCGAAAGCUACCACGGCCAAAGAAGUCUGGGACAUUCUGCAAGAUGGUUAUGGAAAUUCUUGUAAGGUAAAGAAGGUUCGUUUGGAGUCCCUACAGAGGCAAUAUGAGCUUUUAUGCAUGGGGGAGCAGGAAAAGGUGGUGGAGUACAUUGGCAGAAUUCAAAUCGUGGUGAAUGCUAUGAGAGCAUGCGAUAAGAGAUUGACUGAGAGAAAGAAUGCAGAAAAGGGUGUGACGCAGGGCACAAAUCAAGCUUGCAGGCCAGGAAUAAUCAAAGUUUCAAAGGUCGUGGGAGAGGCAGAGAGAGGUCACGUGGUGGACGCAAUGGCGGUAGAAGCACGAAACCCUCUGAUCAAAUCAAUGAAGACAAUGGAGGUGAGUAGAAGGAGAGAAACAAUAGAGGAGGCAAACAAUUUAGAGGCAGAGGAAGAAAAGGGUAUGACAAAAGAAGUGUUCAAUGCUACACCUGUAACAAAUUCGGGCACUACUCUGCAGAGUGCUGACACAAUGAAGCUGUGA